AUGCCUCUUUUAAACAACAAAGUGGGUGACGAUGGCACUGCCAGAACACCACAUACCUUGGAAGAAGGGAAGGCUCUUGUUGAGUCAUUGAUUAAGGUGGUGGCAUGUUAUCGGCACCUGGCUUCAUGUGUGGGCGGGUGCACAGACGACUUGAAACUGCGAGAGGAGUUGAGGCAAACAAGAGAGAAGGCCCAAAAUCUCAGUGUGGCAAACCGUCAGCAUCUCACAGCACGACUACGGGACAAAGGUCUGACCCCAGAGGAGCGAAUGGAGAUGGAGCUGUUAUGGGUGGCCUUCUCCUCCAGUCUGGAGCUCCUCUAUGCUGACAUGUGUAAAGUCUGUAACAUGGGUAACAUCUUUCCCCUAUCCAAAAGCAAUGGCUUAGUGCAGACUGGCCUUCAAGGAGAGACCGAUGGAGUGGCAGCUCGGGCACUCAGUCAUCCAGACUUAACCGAUUCCCAGGUUCCUGAGAAUGUGGAGGAAGUGGAACAAAGCCAGUUGGAGGAGGAGAUAUCCCAGGUGGACCUCAUGAUUGAGGACAUGGAGCUGAAGGUCAACGUUCUUCGCUGGACGGUGGAGCCACGUGGACCACAGUACGCCGACCCAGUCAGCACUGACAGCGCCUCGCUGACCAUGUUCUCUGUAGACGAAGAGGAUCCUGGCCAUCAGCGCCUCUGCCAGCCCAGCCAGAUCUUUAUAUUGUUGUUGCUGUGCGCUGUCGCCGUGGUAGCAGCCGUGUUGUCUGUCUGCGUGGUCUAUUUCUCCUGA